AUGCGGGCCGACUUCGUUCUUCCACCAUUACUUGGUGUGAUUGCCUUGCUUGCUUGGCCUGUGUCGGUCGCAUCCUCUCUCACCUACUGUUCUUCAGUAAAUACAGGCUCCUCGCAAGCAGCAAACGAAAGUACCUACCAGUCCAAUGGUCUUUGCGAGGACCACUGCAGCAGCUAUGCGUUUGGUAUUCUUCAGGGAUACGACUGCUGGUGCUCGAACAUUGUUCCCAAUGAAGCGACCAACGUGAACACUUCGCAGUGUAGCCAGGAUUGUCCCGGUUACCCCGAUGAUAGCUGUGGAAGUACUUCAAAGGGCCUUUACGGUUACGUUGAGAUCGUUGGACAUCAGCCGUCCGGAACAGCAACCGUCUCUACGACAUCGACAUCGUCAACCUCGCCUUCCAUGGCUGAACGUUUCCCGUAUGGUCCGUUGCCUUGCACAGCGAACGAGCUUGUUGACAGUGCUGCUAUCAACUGUGCCAUCGCUGCUUCGGUCGCUGAAACUUCAUCAUCAUCUGAAACUACUGCUGCUACGACGACAGGAGAAUCUGUUGCAGUCACAACCGACUCUGGGGUGGUCAAAACGGUCACAAUUCCCGCUGUCACAAAAGCAACCUCAACGUCUGCAGCGGACAACCUUUCAUCCGCAAAGAGUAGCGACAACUCUGGUAUGAGCUCGGGAACCAUCGCUGGUGUUGUGGUAGGCUCUGUCGGUGGUGCCCUCGCCAUCCUAGCCUUGAUAUUCGUGUUGUUCUUCGCGAAACGCAAAUCGCGGUCGAACAGCCCAGAUCCAAGUGUACAGUCCAUCCUGCUGGAUGGAAGACAAAGCAAAGGCUCACAGAUGAGUUUUAUGAAGGGCAUGUUUUCCGACAAUCAUAGUCAUACCUUGUCUGCCGGGUCCGCUGCCAGCCGCUUGCCGACGUUUACGGACAACCGCAUGAAAACCGAUACCGUCCUCUACGCGAAUGGCCGCCGAGAUAGCGAUGUCUCACUCCAGGAUAAUGAAGAUUAUUCUCGGCCCGUGUUGCGGCUCACGAACCCCGAUUAA